GCUCCAGUGUCGAGAAGCGGCUUCAUGGUGGAGGAUCAGAGACGCUGCGGGCGGAGACGAGGGGGCGGACUGUACCGGACUGUACCGGACCUCUGAACACUUAACACGAGCAGCGGCUCCACGGACAACUUUUUAACCGGUUGUCUCCGGUGAUUUCCCCGAAGAAAGACAACUGCGCUGCCCGCUGACAAACACGAGGGACGCGUACUGCGGGGGGAGGGAGGGGGCGCGACCGGCGAAGGAGUAACAACGUACGGCGGCAGAGAGGGAAGGUGAGGCGGAGGAAGCAGCUCCGCUCCCAGCCACAGGUACCCCGAAGAAGCGAAGAGCAGCCGGGGGCAUGAGGAUUCCUGGGAGCGCGUGCGGGUCACAGCUGUAGGAAGAAAAGACAAGAAGAAGAAGAAGAAGAGAGGAAUUAAAGGAGUGAACUAGGAGAAGAAGAAGGAGGAGAAAAAGAAAAGAAGAAGAAGCAGCAGCAGCAGCAGCAGACUCUGCCGCUCCGUCUGUCCGUGAGUCCCAGCGGAGAGUGAGGGCUUCUGGCCGCAGGAAAGAGCCGCCAUGUCCCGGAGGAAGCAGAGCAAACCCCGGCAGAUAAAACGCUCACUCGGAGAACUUGACGGCGGCGAGGACGACGUGCUGGACAACCACAGCCUAUCAGGAGAGGAGGGCGGAGCCUCGGACCCCGAUGAUUCAAUAGAGGGCGAAAACAGUUCCAGUCCAGAGCCAAAGACACAUGACUCUCGAGGAGGAGGAAGCCCCAACAACAAUGAUGAAGAUGAGGAGGAGGAGGAGGAGGAGGAAGAGCGAGGUCUAACACACAGUGGUGGGGAGGAGGAGCUGGAGGAGGAGGAGUCACCGUGGAGAGUUCCAGAUGACGUUGAAUUGCUUGAAGAAGGCGGAGCCAGCAGAGUGGUCACCCGCAGAAAGCUCCGCCCACACACCACCUGGGGACCCUUCACUGGAAUCAUCCAAUCAGAGUGCAGCACAGAGGGGCAGGAGGAGAAGGAGGAGGAGUCACAGAAGCCCACGUUCACUCUGGUGUGUGAAGAUCCAGACUGCUGGAUCCGGCGGCUACCUCUGACCUUUGACCCCUCCACUGCCAACUGCACCGUCUACAGCCGAGGCGACAAGCUGUUCUGUAAAGUGACCCGGGAGCUCGCCAGCGGUGAGGAACUCCUGGCGUCUCUGUUGGCCGCUCAGGGCUCCUCCCCUCCUCCGCUCAGCCUCGUCACCCAUCAGAAGCAGCCUGUGGUGAAGGAGGAGGCGCUGCCGUACCCGGCGGCGCUGCACUCAGACAUUCAGCUCCUCCCACAGCAAGCCGGCAUGGCCGCCAUCCUGGCAACGGCCGUGGUCAACAAGGACAUCUUCCCGUGUAAGGACUGUGGGAUCUGGUUCCGCAGUGAGAGGAACCUGCAGGCUCACCUCAUGUAUUACUGUGCCAGCCGGCAGAAGCAGCCGGCCGCCGCCUCCUCGCCGCCGCAGGACAAAGCCAAGGAGUCGUACCCCAACGAACGCAUCUGCCCGUUUCCCCAGUGCAACAAGAGCUGCCCCAGUGCCAGCUCCCUGGAGAUCCACAUGCGCACACACAGUGGUGAACGUCCGUUCGUCUGUCAUAUCUGUAUGUCAGCCUUCACCACCAAAGCCAACUGUGAGCGCCACCUAAAGGUGCACACGGACACGCUCAACGGCCUGUGUCACGGCUGCGGCUUCGUCUCCACGACGAGAGACAUUCUCUAUAGUCACCUGGUCACCAGUCACAUGAUCUGCCAGCCUGGCUCUCGCAGUGAGGUCUACUCACCAGGACCAGGACUUCCCAAACUGCCGCUGUCCACCGGUCUCAGUCCAGGAGACUCCGGUGUGGUGCUCAAGUGUCAAGUGUGCGGCCAUAACUGUGACUCCCCUGCUCAGCUGCAGCAGCACGUACGAACCCACCUAGAGGUCAGAGUCCCGGCUGAAAGAAGCCCCACCCCUCGCCAAAUCACCCCAUCGUUGGUCGACGCCCCCCAGCUCCAGCUAUCUCCUCACGAUAGGGAGCCACUCGCCUGUGUCCCAAAGCCUGACUCGUCCAGCCCAGGUGCUAACGGCAGCGCAGCCACACCCCAGGACUACAGUCCUCUGGAUACAGUAACCACCGAUCUAAAGAUCAAAGAGGAGCCACAUUCAGACUCUGAAAUACAGGAACAGGGAGUAGAGAUGAAGGAGGAAGGAGAGGAGGAGGAGGAGGAAGAGGAGGAAGAGGAGGAGGUGGCCGGUGCUGAGGAGCAAGAAGCAAGAAGGAAAACUGAGGAGACACAAACUUCCACCUCAUCCGGUCAGACAUCAGACUCUUCAAGGAGUCCUGUUGCCACAACCGUAAAGGUAGAACCAACUAGUCCCACUCCUGGUUCUAGCCCUGCCCAUGUGGGAGGUGCAGAGUCGGUUCUUCAAGGAGGGGCCGUGUUCUUGCCUCAGUACAUGUUCAACCCCGAGGCAGCUAUUUUACCCCAGGCCUCAGAAAUACUGGCUAAAAUGUCGGAGAUGGUCCACAGUCGUCUGAAACAGGGUCAAACAGUUCCUCAGAGCAACCUGGCGGCUUUCUUCCCCGCUGGACCUACUGCAUCCACGGCCGCAGCCACUCCACCUCACAAAGGCGCCACCUGCUUCGAGUGUGACAUCACCUUUAACAACAUCAACAACUUUUAUGCACAUAAGAGGCUCUACUGCUCCAGCAGGCACCAAGUAGAAGGUGCAGCCCCGGCCUCAGUGCCUGGACCGGCGAGGGAUGCCACUCCAGCCACGGGUUCUUCCAGUGGGGCACAAGGCUCUUCUGCGUCUCCUCAAGGUGCAGCAGCCAGUAGAGCCGCCUCCGCUUCUCCAGCUGACCCCGACUCUCCCACUGGGAUUGGAGCAACAGAAUCCAGGAAAGCGGUGGAGGUGAAGACAGAAACCUCAGUGGGGAGAGAGAGAAUCUCGUCAUCUUCUGAAGGCGAAGGUGGAGGAGCAACUGUGGAAGGAGGAGGCGGAGGAAGAACGAGUGAAGGCAGUCAGAGCCCUGCCAGUGGUUCUGCUGAGGACCAGGAAGAUGACCCCAACAGAACCUUCUGCGAGGCCUGCAACAUCCGCUUCAGUCGUCAUGAGAACUACACUGUUCACAAACGCUUCUACUGUGCGUCACGUCAUGACCCAUCCAACCAUCGAUCCGUGCACAUGGCCAAGGCCAACACCUCCACAGCCUUUGUUCCUCAGCCCAUACGCACACGCAAACGCAAGAAGAUGUACGAGAUCCACAUGGCCAGGAACGAAGCCCUAGCUAAUGCUGCGGCAGCAGCUGCAGCCGCAGCCUCUGCCCCGUCUCCCUCUGUUCUUGGCUUGGCAGUGAAGCAGGAACUUUCCCCCGGUGCAGCAGGAACUUCCAGUCCUGAAGGAGACGGUCCUAUUGACCUGAGCAAGAGACCCCGUCUGCGAGAGGUUCCGCGACCCAGUGGUAGCGCUGUCCUCCCGGCCCUGCCUCUCACAGACUAUCACAAAUGCACCGCCUGCAGCAUAAGCUUCAACAGCAUCGAGAACUACCUGGCUCAUAAAACCUACUACUGCCCCGCCACCACACUCCAGCCUCACACCUUGGAGCAGCUUCACAGGCUCAAGAGAUCGGCCUCUACCUCGCCUAAAACCAGGCCUCAGCAGGAGUGUCAAGAUCUCCUGCACCCUGUGGAAGGUAAAGCUCACCCAGCUGAAUGGAACCUUCCGACUCAAGCCUCGUCGUCUAGUCCUCAGGCUGUUCCCGCCUCUGAUGCCUCGUCUCCUCCUCACACCACCACCACACUUGCAGCCACACCAGGAUCUGGAGCCAAAAUGGCAGGUGCUGGUUCUCCACAGGUGCUCUGCCCAUAUUGUCCUUACAAGCCAAUCACCUGUGACCUGAUGGAGCACUUCAAGACUGCCCACAGCCUUGUCGUAACUGUUCAACCUCCACAGGAGGUUCUGCUGCAUCCUGACAGUGGAGUCAUCCACAGCCCCAGCCUCAGUCCUGGGGAUGGAGCUCCUGCUCCUGCUCCUGCUGCUGCUGCAACAUUUUCCCAAACAACCACCAACAGUGAUCCUGGAACUGUAUCCCUGCUCCACAGAGAUAGCAUCAACGGGCAGGCGAGGAGCGAAACAACUUCCCCAGUUUCUCCACUGGUCCACAGCACUCCGUCACAUGGUGGUGGAUCACCUUCAGCAGGUUCUCCUCUGCCUGUGUCACCCUCAGCAGCUCCUACUCUGACUUUGUCACCUGUGCCUGGGGUCAAAAGGGAGACGGUGGGAUCCUUCCACCUUCCGGAGAAGGCUGUCACUGCCAGUGCCGCGACCCUGGCAUCCAACCCCCACACCCCCGCGCCCCAGCCGGUCCCAAUCCCCGGCCCUAAAACCACUGUGAUCUCACCCCUCCAGAACGGAAACUCCCGCUUCUGCCGGCUGUGCAACAUCAAGUUCAGCAGCCUGUCCACAUUCAUCGCUCACAAGAAGUACUACUGCUCCUCCCACAGCGCCGAGCACGUCAAGUGAGCCGAGCGCUCCUCGUCUUCCUCGUCCCCUUCCAUUCGCCCUCCUGAGCGGAGGUUUCCCUUCGCUACGUUCUAAUAAGCUCCGACUGUCUCUUUUGUGCCGAGCGUUCCUCACGCCGGUGUGAAAAUGGCGCCCGGCCAGCGUGACUCUGAAUGACAAUGAAUGACUGUUACUCAGUGGGCGUGGCCUGAUGCCCGGCUGCUCCAGAGCAGGAUCAGCAGGCGGUGUUACAUGUUGCUCCUCCUAUGGGUCAAAGUUGGUAGUACACUAAGAGCUGCGACGGAUGCUACCCGCCCUCACUGCUGCCCCCUAACUGUCUCCAUACUCAACAUCCACCGCUCCCAGUAAUGUGUUGCAUUAUGGGACAUUAAACUGUGUCUGUUCAUGAUGGUAGUAAAUAGAUUCUGACUGUAGGGGGCGUGUUUCACAGAUGAUCGUACAGUUGCGAUGAUUUUAACAAGGCUGAGGCGCCAUUUUCUCUCGAUCGCUGUGCGGAGAAAACGACGAUGUCUGUAAAAAAAAUCUGAUGCUUUUUGUUUCAACACUGGCUCUUUUUUUUUCCUCUUGUUUUUAGCUGAAAAACAAACAUGUGUUAUCACAAUGUUACCAAUUACUGAAGGAUAAAGUUUUUUAAAAAAUGACACAUUUUUUUGUUUUCAAAUUUUUAUUAAUUUCUCUUUUAAAAUGUUUAGGGAGAGAAAAAAAAUGUGAAAUAUUUAUCUUUUAGUCCUCACUGAUUUCAUGUCAACAGAAAACUACCUACGGAGCGUCUGAGAGUGUUUGUAUUUUUUAUUUGUAUAUUUUUCAUACUGUCAGAAGGAAGUGUGCCGAGUUGCUGAAGUUUAUUUUCUAACUGAAGAUAUCGGGAAAUCUUCUCACACUAACCGCUCGAGUCACGCGUGUCUGUGUUGUCGUCGCAGAGUUCAGGGUCAGAUUACCAAUCUUUGAGUCAGGGGAGAAUUCAACGUCGCCCCCCAGAGGUGAAUGAAAUACCACAAAACAAAAAUGUAUGUCAGGAUAAAGCAAAAUCAAAAGUCGCGUUUUUCUGCGGACCUUUCAGAAGACGUUAUAUGCUGGACCUGACAGAAAAUGUCGCGUGUGCGGUGACUUUGCGCAUUCAUUUUACGACGUAAAAAGUUUCGUCUGGAUUUUUGCGACUUUCUUUUUCUUUCUUUCUGUUUUGAUGAUUGUGUUUGUGUCCGGCGAUGAAGGCAAAGUCGCAAACAGUCGCACAGAGGAGUAAACAACGCGUUGUGAAAUCGUUUACGCUAAGUUUUUUCCCGUGCUGGUUUAGGCGUUGCGAUACAGUGUUAGCUAGAUCUGUGAAAUGGUUUUUCUUUUGUUUGUUUUUUUUGUCCAACAUUGAAGUUAAAACAAAUUCUCUCACAGAAUAAAACAAUUUUCACUACAAAAAAAAUUAUCCACAAACCUUCACGAGUCCACGGUGACGACAUUUCGGAGGCUCCACCUCUCGCUCUGCUGCUGUUAGCCUUUUUUUCGGAAUGCUAAUGUGAUUUCAGAAGAUCGUUGAACAAAGACACGACUUUUGAUAUCGUCUUCACACUGGUCCUGUUUAUGAGACACGAGCGGAUUUUCGCUGGUCUUUUCAAAAAUCGCAGUUCUCGUCGCAGAGUUCGGAUUUGUUCACUUUGUCUCAGAACAGGUUUCACAGUGGACUGCGUGAGUUCACGAGUCUCACAAGUUGCUUUGAGCCACUAGGGGGCAGAAGAAGCUGCAACGCCAUGUGAUCACAUGCUGAGACAAAUGUGAUUCUGUUUUAUGUCGUUACAUUACAUGAAUCGUCAAGUCCGUGAAUUUUCUACCAUUUACACUGAGCUUCAUCCCUUAAAGGGACAGCGACGCAGCAGGAGGCGGAGUCACAUCACCAAUGUUGGAGCCGAUCAUGAAUUUUUUUAAAUUGCACUGUGUUGUAUAAAAAUGUGCUGAAUGUUCUGUUUCGUAAUAUAUUUAUUUAGUUUGACGGCACUUUUUUUCUCCCCCUCGUUCUAAAACGUCAGUUUUUACUUUGAAGGACUUUGAAGACGUUUUCACUCUCGACACUGUUUGAAAAACUUACUUUCUGUUGAUUAUUUCUGAUAAAAUCAAAUGUUAUGUGUCCUUUCAUUCUUUUUUUUAUUGAAUUUCAGUUCCACUACACUCUUGUCCAAACUAUGCAUGGGAAAUAAAAUCAAAUAAAAAACCUCCUGAGAAACACUGA